AUCCGGGCGGCCGCUUGGCAUGCUGGGAGUUGUAGUUUGAUGCAGGUUCAGGGUUUCGGCCGUGGGCUCCAGAAUCCAGGGUUGAUUUCAGCCUGCCCUUAUUAGUGCCUGGGCCACAGGUGAGCCGUUAUUGGCUGCCGUUAAGGACCAUAACCAUUCCCAGAGGUUGAAUGAAGUCUAAUGAAACAUGACCCAUGAAGAGUGGUUAUAGAGAAUGAUGGUGCUGGUGUGUGUGGACCCUGCCAUUCUUGCAGUUCACAGCUUAAGUGGGUCCUUCUGGUGUUCCUGUGGGGGACCGUCCCGACCUGCCAAGCUUCGCCUCCAGUGACUCCUGGCUCCUGGCUUAGCCUCACUGACCUCCCUCUUUCCUGGGAAGAUGUUCCUGGUGGGCCUGACAGGGGGCAUUGCCUCAGGCAAGAGCUCAGUGAUCCAGGUGUUCCAGCAGCUGGGUUGUGCGGUGAUUGACGUGGACGUCCUUGCCCGGCUUGUCGUCCAGCCGGGAUGCCCCGCCCACCGGCGCAUUGUGGAGGCCUUCGGCACCGAGGUCUUGCUGGAGAACGGCGACAUCGAUCGCAAGGUCCUGGGGGACUUGAUCUUUAACCAGCCUGACCGGCGGCACCUACUCAACACCAUCACCCACCCUGAGAUCUUCAAGGAAAUGGUGAAGGAGACCUUCAAGUACUUUCUCCGGGGAUACCGCUAUGUGAUUCUGGAUAUCCCCCUGCUGUUUGAGACCAAGAAGCUGCUCAAGUACAUGAAGCAUACGGUGGUAGUAUACUGUGACUGGGACACUCAGCUGGCCCGGCUGAUGCAGCGGAACAACCUGAACCGUGAGGACGCAGAGGCCCGGAUCAAGGCCCAGCUGCCCCUGAAGGACAAGGCCCGCAUGGCCCACCAUGUGCUCGACAACUCAGGCGAGUGGAGCGUCACCAAACGCCAGCUGGACCCUCAGGGGCAGGAAUUCUCAGGUCUCCAUCUCCUCAGAGGCUGGAACCAGGUAACAAAUGCAUCCUGUCUCCUCCCAGCUCAACACACACACUCUGAAUCUGAGCUGGAACCCUGUGCCGGGUCACCCUUCCUUGGAGUGCAUCGUGUCCCAGGCAGAGAAACAGCCCUCUGUUUCUCCUUCCCACCUUCCCCAGGGUCCCUCCUUUUGGAACCACCGAUCAGUGUCCAUGAGGGGGUGUGAAGGCAACAACAGGUGACCAUUAGGAAUUUCUUGCGGGUGAGGAUGAGGAGCACUCUCUGUGGCCCUCACUUGUGUCUAAAGCUGGGAGGUUUCCUGGGCUGGACUCUGUCCUAGCACAUGCCCCAUCAUGGCUAAAAGCCCCUCUCUGGACCAUGGGAUGUCAUUUUGGACCAAGGGCUGCCACCUUCAAACAAGAUUCUCCCAUAGGUUGAAGCCCUUGGCCAGGAUGCAGUAAGGAUCCCCUUAUGGGUAAGAGGCCAGGCCUCUUCUGGGAUGACACCCUUCCCACCAUGGCAUUUCCUCGGCACUCCCUGCACCCUGCUCCUACCUCCCGCUCCUUGUACUCCUCGCCUGAGUCUACAUGCACCAGGAUGUUUCUCACCUCUGUGCCUUUGCCUGGCUGCUUCCCCAAUCUGGAAUACCUUCCCCCCACCUUAUUUUAUUUUUUCUGCAACUGGCUAACUUCCAGCUCAGGCACCAUCUAGAGCCCCAGGCUGGGUUAGGUGCUGUGAGAUCCCAACCACCUCCACAUUUUACCUGAAUCCAUGAGCCAAAAGCCUACUAGACUGUAAGCCCUUUGAGGGCAGGGACUGUGUCUUAUUCAUCUCUGUGUUCCUGGUGCAGAGCCCGAUUCACCCUGGUGCUGAAUAAAGUGUGUUGAUCUGAAA